AUGAAGACCACUACAAAGGCUCGAAGUAAUACUACUGCUAACAUCAAUUACACCAACACCACUUCUGACUUUGGUUCUUUCCGUCCAAAUGCACCAUCGCCUCGCACUGAACCUCUACCUACCACUUUGCUCGCUUCUCCCUCUCAAUCUCAUCAUUCUAAACGGGAAAACCAAGACGUGAAGACGAUCAACGAAAACUCCUUGGGUGAUAAUCAAUUUACACCCAAAUCCCCACCAAAUACAUUGAUCAGAUCGCACACUCAGAAAAGAGUACCUAAACCAAGUCUUAAACCGAUUGUGCCUUUUGGAAAUGGUGUCAAACUUUACCGUAAUCAUACCACUAAUCCAAAGCCUAGUGUUACAAGAAGCAUUAAGAAAAGUCUUAGCUCGGAUGAUAUCUAUCGAUUGCGUCAAGAUUACAUUACAGCCUCCUGGAAUCCUGCUCGGCAAUCUACUGAUCGUUCACCACUUUCUUAUGCUCCUCACACUACUCCUCUUAUUGACUUUUAUCCUCUUGCUUCCUCAGCACCCAAUCCAACAUCUCUUUUGCGCAGCCCAGAUGAUACCACUCCCACUUCAGGUUUUCAUCGUGCAUCCCUUCCUGUCCAAUUUCAAACCAGCUUUGACUUAGAUACAGCUACCCGAGGUACUCUCUCUGCUACCAAACGCCGACGGACGAUGCACGGUGCUGCUUCUAACGAAUCUAUCCGCACGGCGAGACCGAGUCCUCAACAAAAAACUCACGAACCAAGUUAUCCAUUUCCAGCAUCUCGAAAACCUAGGUUUCAAGAUAUCUCAAUAUUUGAUACCUUUAAUCAAUCUGCUAUUCCAUCCUACUCGAACCUCCCCUCACCCGUUGGACCAAAUAGCCCGUCAGCCAACAGCCUCAAUGCUGGGAGAGAUCAGAUUGGUAGAGUUAAUGCCGCAGCUCAUCAGAUCACUGUGAUUGCUCAACCUGGCGAUGACCCACGUUUUGUGAUUUGGGGGGAACAACAACAUUCAUCCAAAUCAUCUGUUUCUGUCACGACGAAAAGGUCCUCUUCAAUUGUUGAACGACAACAAACACAUCAGUCUUCAACAUCUUCAACUUCCAAUCUGGCUCAUAUCGGUAAUAGUAAUUCAAGUAAAAGUAGUGAUGUUGGAGACGAUUUUUUGCAAGAUAGGGUCUUGAGGUUUAGCUUGACCAGUUGGUUAAAAAAUCUGAUUCAAAAGAUCAAGUCGAUCAGACAAUGUUUAUUAGAAAUCGAUCCUAAGCCCAACGGCAAAGGGGAUGAAGACCUCAAGAUUUUGAAAAGUUUGAAAAAGGUUGUGAAACAACGUAAAGAUGUUUAUCUAGCGUACAAUCUAGUCUCAGAUAACAAUGACAAAAGUAAGACCAGGCAUAAGGAUGUGAGAGAUGUGUUUGGACAAGGAGAAUCUGAAACGCAGGCUCGGGAUAGCAAUCUGGCUAAAAGUGACUUAAAGUUGAACGAUGGAGAUGCUUCGGAGGAUCAGGCUACCGAUGACGAAGAUGUUGAGGUGGACGUCAAACCAGAGGUCAAUGAGCUUCCAGAUCCAAAUUCCAUCCGAGCUCGAUAUGAAAAACUCAAGGAAUCUUUUGCACAAGACACGCAUGAAAUCUCAGAACCUGAAUCGAAUGCAAUAGAUGAAAUCAAUGUCAAGUUCGACCGAGCUCCUCUUUUCAUUUCACGCAAAUCGACAACCAUCAACGCUACAUUAGUUCAGGUCCCCACUCAUUCAAUGACCCACUCUAGCGAUACUCUGGAUCACCGAAUCAGUCAUGUUAGACCUAUCGAUCCUCUUGGCUUCACCCAACAGCACAACCCUCUUCAACGUUAUUUUACGUCAACCAUGGGAACCUUUGGCCGGUUCAAGCGGAUGAUCAACAAUCGAUCAGGUACAGUCACUGCCACUGGGCCUUACUCCUCCAUGACGGAUUCAAGUCGUUUCAAUGAUCACAUGGAAUCGAAUGGAGAGGUCUGUGACCUGCUCUGCGCAAAAGGUGGAUUAGAACGUUUUAUGAGUUUCUUUGAGGGUGACCAUCGAUUAGAGCAAAACGGACCCGAAAGGUUGGAAGAGAUUGCUGAAGAUAAAGAGUUAAGAUAUUCAAGAAGAUUCGAGACUGAAGAAUGUCCCCCUAGCUUUGAAAAGACCAACUUAGAAUAUGAAAGGCUGAGCAUGGAAGAUACGGGAAAGUAUAGCAUUGAGAUCGAGAAGACAAGCUCGGAAAUAGAUCGCGGUCAUUUGAGUUCACCUUUGAUUCAAGACGAUGAAGAUGGUUUCGAAUCCCAACUCUCACUCUCAUCCUCGACUUCGAACACAUCCUAUACCACUUCAUCACAACCUGGUUCGAGUGAUGAAAAGGGAACUGAAGGUCUAGUGGCACUAGUCGGUUCAGAAGCCAUCGAAUAUUUGGAUGGUAACCCAGCCUCAUUAGCACUUUCAUUUGGAAUGGUACAAGAUGAGAAAGACGAGAUUGAUGCUAGAAGGUUUGGAUCUAGACCUCAAUCAUUACAUGAAUCUCUUAGCACUGAAACUAUCAAAUCAGAAUCCAAUCGGACUUCUAAAGGUGUGGGGACUGGAUUGUUCAAGAAACAAAUCAAGAAACGAUUUGCCAAUCAAAAUCUAGGUUCAAUGCGAAUACUUGGUUUCGAGUCUAGGCAAUCCUUGAGCUUGGAUCGAAACUCUAUGAGUAUGGGCCGCAAUUCUAUGAGUCUUGAUCGACCAUCGCUGAGUGUGGAUGGAGGUCGUGAGAGUAGCUCAUCUAGAGACAAUCUUUCCCUUCGGUCAGGUCGAUCAGGAACAACUCCACAAGACAUCAGCGUCCAGCUCGACGAUCUUGACCUUUCAGAUGAAGAUGGUAGUGAUUCAGACCAACAUAAUGAAAAUCAUCGACCUCUGAGACGAUUGAGGGCUGCGGGAGAUCUCAAAGAAGCCAUCAAUUCGACCCGUCGAUCUUUCUUUGCGCAAUUGAAGCCUUCCUUACGACUGAGGGUCAAUAGUGGUGUUCGUUUGUCUACUGAGACUAGUUCAUCGAUUGGAACCAGGAGAGUUCCUUCCAUUGCGGGUUCAAUAUUUAGAAAAUCUAAAUUAGGCGAUUCUGUGACUUCCUUACCCGAUACAUUAAAUUCGCUUCAGGAUGGAACAGAGGCUAGAGGGGAAGAUGAAGAUGAAGAUGAAGCAGGGGGUAUGGGUGUGGUGGCGAAUUUUGUUGCUGAAGGAUUAGAUAGUGAUGAGGACGAACCUGGGGAUGUAGAAGCUGCAUUGAGAAGAUUAGAAGGUGUCAUUGAUGCUGAUCGAGAAAGGGAAAAAGCGAGAAAGGUGGAAAGACAAAUGAUGAAAUCAUUAGAAGCUAGCAGGACCGGCAAUAGGAGUAGAAGUUCUACUAUUGAUAGUCAUCGCACUUUCUCUUCCUCUGCAUCUUCCUUGGCAGUAGUGACUGAUGAAGAAGAAGAACAAGGCGAAGAGGAAGAGGAAGGUCAGGAAGAGGAAGGUGAAAUGGAAAUGAUCGACGGAGAACAUGACCUGAGCGUAGACAAGACUUCUACAUCCACAGUGCCUGAGAUCACGUUUGAUCAUGUGGCCGAACGAGACUCAGGGGGCCAAGAGGGACAUCGUUCAUCAGAGGAGCAAAGCAGUAGACCCAAGUUUAUGAAUUCAUCAAAGGAAAGUGUGAAUAGCAAUGUAGGGGGAGGGAAUGAAUUAUGGAAACGAAAGCAUAAGACACCAACAGCGAGUGAGUUGAACAGUAAUCAACAAGCCAUGGAUCGAAAAGUUGCACUUCACAAACGGUUUGUAGGCGGUGGUGCUUUGAGUCGACCGAUCUCUUUGUUCGGAGGAGUAGGCGGAGCUCAACCACCUAUCCAUCGAUCUUUCUUACUGGAUUUCCGAACAGAGAUCUUGGCACAACAAUUUGCAUUGAUUGAACGUGAUUUGUUAAGGAAGAUCACUUGGCAAGAGCUUUUGAUGAGUAGGUGGCAAGAGAAUGGUCGAAAUGGAUCUUCAAAUGAUACGAAUUGUUGGACAAGUUAUAUGAAACAGAGAGUGAUUGAAGGCAAGAGUAAGAGUGAUAAUGUGAGAGGAUUGAUUGUUAGAUUCAAUUUGACUUGUAAUUGGGUUGCAUCUGAACUUGUUAUGACAGUCGGAUUGGAAGAAAGGAAAUGUUAUCGACAAAACAAUUUUCAAACCUUGACACAAAUCAUUCAUGGUUUACAAACACCUUAUAUCACUAGAUUAAAACGAACUUGGGCUAAGUUGGGAAUUUGGGAAAGUCGUAUGUUUAGAGAUCUGAAAGAGUUUACAUCACAUGGAGCCAAUUUCAAAAGUUUAAGACUUGUUCAAGACCAAUUAGUUGAAGGCAUCGAAUCUGUUGGUGGACCGACGGGUAUAACGACGACGCCUGGUGGUCAUGAUGAACGAGUCAGAGUUGUCGGUUGUAUUCCAUUCUUGGGUCUUUAUUUGCGAGACUUGACGAUCAAUGAUGAAUUACCGACUUAUUUAAAUCCAAACGAACCAUCGAUCGGAGUACCGAUCAUCGAUCGAGAAAGUGGAUUUGUAGAAGGAACUAAUUUAUAUCCAUUAGUGAAUAUACAUAAAUUUCGAAUUUAUUCAAAAGUGGUGAAUAAGAUUAUAGGAUUUCAAGAAUUAAGUUUAAGUUAUCCAUUCGAAGCACAAGGAGAUCAAAGUUUAUUUUUGAAUUGUUUGAGACUCAAAUCACUUGAUUCAUCUAGAUUAAGAUGGUUAUCAGAUGUUUGUGAAGGUCAAAAGGAAUGAAUGAAUGAAUGAAUUACCUCGAGUAUGAUUUUUUGACUUCUUUUAGCAUUUCUUUUGGGUUAGUUUGCAUAGUAUAAGUUUGAUUUUUUUUUCUUUGUUUCUUUGUUGAAGAUGAUCUUAAUGAGUGAUUGAGUGAGAUUUAUUGGCAUGUGAAAAAUGCUUUUUUUUUGGGGCUUUUGAUUGUAGCUUUGUAUUGUUUAGGUCUUUAUAUAUAAUGAGUUGAUUAUUUUAUUGGUUUCACUCUUUUGAUUUUGAUCUUUCAUCUUUUUUUUACUUUGGUGAGUUUUGUUUUCUUGUGAUUAGUAUCAAUUGAUGAUGAAAGAUGUGUGAAUAUCAAUAGAUAGAUAAUUUUCAAUUCAUUCAUUUUGAAAAACAUCUUGAUUGUUUAUUUUUAUUUGAUAGAUAUAUAAUCAUUGAUUAUUAUAUUUGAUUUCUUUCCAUUUAUUUUUAUUCAGAUUGUACUUCGUAUACUUAAAGUUUCAUACAAUUGAACUCGAACGGUUCUCGAAAACGUAAUGCACACUCUUUCUU